AUGCCGCCCAAAAAGUCUGCGGGUCCCGAGAAAAAGACCUUACUGGGUCGGCCCGGCAAUAAUUUAAAAAUUGGAAUCGUAGGAGUUCCCAAUGUCGGAAAGUCAUCUUUCUUCAACGUGUUGUCCCGAGACAGAUCUGGGAAAGGCAGCAAACUUUCCUUACGCCACCAUAAAGUGAGUUAUUCUCCGGUUUCACGAACCAAUUCUAAUACUACAGAUAGUCCUGAGGAAGCACGAAUUCCAGUGCCAGAUCCACGAUUCGAUUGGCUCUGUGACCUUUACAAGCCUGCUUCUCGGGUACCUGCUUUUCUCACCUGCAUCGAUAUUGCUGGUCUCACCGCCGGUGCUUCGACCGGUGCUGGGCUGGGAAAUGCUUUCCUGUCCCAUGUGCGCGCGGUUGAUGGCAUUUUUCAAAUGGUCAGGGCUUUCGACGAUGCCGAGGUCAUCCACGUAGAUGGAGAUGUCGACCCCAUUCGGGACAUCACUACCAUCCAAACUGAGCUUCGUUUGAAGGACAUCGAAUGGACCGAGAAGGCAAUUGAUACCCUGAAGAAGGGUUCCAGAGCCUUGGGAAAUACCUCCCUCGCUGACAAGGCUAAGAAAGAGGAAUUGGCGACUGUUGAGAAGGUGUUGCAGCACUUGAACGAUGGGAAAAUUGUUCGUAAAGGAGACUGGUCGAACAAAGAGAUCGAUGUUAUCAAUGGUCUGAUGCUCUUAACUGCCCGACCCAUCACAUAUCUCGUCAAUUUGAGCGAAAAGGAUUAUGCUCGGAAGAAAAACAAGUGGUUACCCAAAAUCAAGGCAUGGAUUGACGAGAAUAACCCAGGCGACUUGUUGAUACCUUUCUCUGUCGCUUUCGAAGAAAAACUGGCCCCUCUCAAUGCAGAGGAGAAGGAAGAAGUACAGAAAGCCGUAGGCGCCACAAGCGCGCUAGGAAAAAUCACCCAGGCUGGCUACGCUAGUCUCGAUCUAAUCCGAUACUUCACUUGUGGACCCGAUGAAGUUCGAGCCUGGACGAUUCGUAAAGGCACCAAAGCGCCACAAGCUGCUGGUGUCAUACACUCCGACUUCGAGAACAAGUUUGUUUGUGGUGAAAUUAUGUCGUACGACGAUUUGAAGGAACAGGGGAGUGAAACCGCUGUCAAAGCCGCGGGAAAGGUUCGACAGCAGGGCAAGCCAUACGAAAUGGUUGACGGUGAUAUCGCCUACUGGAAAUCUGGGGCAUGA